AUGAAGACGACAACCCAACUCAUGGGUGAUCUGCCAGCAGCACGAGUCAAUCCGUCAAGGCCGUUCAGCAGAGUCGGCGUAGACUACGCUGGACCAUUCCAAAUCGCUAGGUCAAAGGGAAAAGGAAUCUCAACGUCCAAAGGAUACGUCGCCGUCUUUGUUUGUCUAGCAACCAAGUCCAUCCAUUUAGAACUUGUUGGCGACCUCACCACGGAGAGCUUUCUUGGAACCCUGUCUCGUUUUGUCGGUCGUCGUGGACGCCCGGUCGAAUUAUGGAGUGAUAACGCUACCAACUUUCGGGGAGCUGACCUUGAGCUCCACAAACUGUUUCUCGAAGCCAAAAUUGAUUGGAACAGAGUAAAGGACAUUCUUAGUUGGUACCGCACUCACUUUUAUCCCUCAACCUUCCUUAGCCGAAGCAAACUUAGACCGCCUCAACCACUGGAAGCUCGUGCGUGA